CCUCCUCCUCCUGUCUCAGUAGCUCCUCCUCCUCCUGUCCCAGUGUCUCCUCCUCCUCCUCCUGUUUCAGUUGCUCCUCCUCCUCCUGUCUCAGUGUCUCCUCCUCCUCCUGUUUCAGUAGCUCCUCCUCCUCCUCCUGUCUCAGUGUCUCCUCCUGUCUCAGUGUCUCCUCCUCCUCAUCCUCCUCCUCCUCCUGUCUCAGUAGCUCCUCCUCCUGUUUCAGUAGCUCCUCCUCCUCCUGUCUCAGUGUCUCCUCCUCCUCAUCCUCCUGUCUCAGUGUCUCCUCCUCCUGUCUCAGUAGCUCAUCCUCCUGCGUCAGUGUCUCCUCCUCCUCCUGUCUCAGUAGCUCCUUCUCCUCCUGUCUCAAUGUCUCUUCCUCCUCCUGUUUCAGUAGCUCCUCGUCCUCCUCCUGUCUCAGUGUCUCCUCCUCCUCCUCCUGCCUCAGUGUUUCCUCCUCCUGUCUCAGUAGCUCCUCCUCCUCAUCCUCCUGUCUCAGUGUCUCCU